GAUAGUCAAUCUUUGUACAAAUAUGGUCAAUGUGUGAAUAUUUCAUCACCAGAAACAAUAAUUUUUCCACGACAAAAAGGCAUGUCUACGAAAUUAUAUCACGAGAUACAAACGCUUACUUCUUCGUCCCUGCCUUCUUUCAACAUUACCGAAUCCACCACUGCGAGUUGCAGGUCAAAAUAUGUUAUUGGAAUUUGUGCUAUGGACUGUAAGGCGCGUUCGAAGCCUAUGCGGAAUAUUUUAAACAGACUUCACGAUUAUAACGAGUUCGAAACCGUGAUAUUUGGUGACAAAGUUAUUUUAGAAGAAGACGUCGAGAAUUGGCCUGUUUGCGAUUUCUUUAUAUCUUUUUUUUCUAAUGGCUUUCCAUUGGAUAAAGCAAUCGAGUAUGUUAAAUUACGAAGACCUUUCUGUGUGAACGAUCUUCCUAUGCAAAAAACCCUAUGGGAUAGACGUAUAGUCAUGAAAUUACUGGAUACUUUAGGUAUCCCUACUCCCAAACGUUUGGUUGCCAGUAAAGACGGAGGACCAAAGAUUGAUCCAGACGUGACGUCGCAAGUGCAUAAAAAUGUAGGAACACGGCUCAAACAAACCUCAUGUCCUCCUGCUAAAGUUGAGAUGAUUGACUUUGAUACUAUUAGUGUUGACGGUCAAUUAUUGCGAAAACCUUUCGUCGAAAAGCCCAUUAGCGGCGAAGAUCAUAAUAUACAUAUAUAUUUUUCUUCGGAAAUGGGUGGAGGAGGGCGUCGGCUGUUUCGGAAGGUGUCCAACAAGUCGAGUGAAUUCGAUCCACUAAUGUCGAAGCCGCGCACAGACGGUUCAUAUAUUUAUGAGCAAUUCAUGAAUGUCGAUCAUGCGGAAGAUAUAAAGGUUUAUACAAUUGGACACAAAUAUGCCCAUGCAGAAACACGAAAAUCGCCGGUGGUCGAUGGUCUGGUGCAUCGUAGCAAUGAUGGGAAAGAGGUUCGUUAUGUUGCAACACUCACACCCGAAGAAAAAAAGAUUGCAAGCGUUAUUUCUCUUGCCUUUGGUCAAACCAUCUGUGGAUUUGACUUGGUUAGGGUCAAGGGAAAAUCUUAUGUUAUCGAUGUGAAUGGUUGGUCUUUUGUAAAGGGAAGCGAUGAUUAUUAUAAUAAUUGUGCGCGUAUCCUGGGAACUAUGUUUUUGAAAGCUAUUCAAAAACGAAAAGUCAAAAUCGACUCAGUACCCAAAAAAUUUCCUUUCGAAAACUCUUGGCGUCUUAAAGUCCCCAUGCCAAUUUUUCGACACGCAGAACGUACAACAAAGCAAAAAAUGAAGUUUAUUUUUCGAAGUAACCCAUUUUUUGAAUUACUGGAUACUUCGACUGAAGAAAUUAUAUUGCGAAAUGAGCAAGAAUUGGGGAGAGUAUCAAGAGCAGUAGAGGAUGCCAUUAAAUUACGCUGCGAAGAUUUAGAUAAAUUACAACAGCUUAAGCUAGUAUUACAAAUGCCAAACGAUCUUCCUGGAAUAAAGGUGCUGAUAAAGCCUUCGUAUAGUAAAGUGGAUGAAUCAUUUAUAGAACUUCGACUCAUUGUUGAAUGGGGUGGUGAGAUCAAAUAUGACACCUUGAACAAUCUGCAAUUUUUGGAGAUCAUUUUUGUUAAUCAAAAUAUUGAUAAGAAUUUAUCGACAAUUAUGGAAUUGUAUCAGUACGCGAAAAUCUAUAGCCCACAGGAGUAUGACGUUGAUAACGAAGAAAAACUUCACAUUGGUCUGCUAACAUCAAAUCUAUUAUUGGGAGAUAUCAUAAAAAAGUUUAGAGACCAUACUUUACAAAAGAUUGCAAAUAUCCUGAUGAUAGGCGACAAUGAGGAUUUAUACUUCAUACAUGAAAAGACCUCACGCGGUAUAAUUGGCGAUAAGGAAUAUUCCUUGCGCAUGGCGUUUGAUCCGGGUGCACAUAAUCAAAAUAUUUAUCUUGAUGCGAGGCAUUAUUUAAAUGUUGCACCAAGAAU